AUGGGUUACGAUAGGGCUAGCUACUGCAAUGACUGCAUCCAGGAAUGGCUUAAAACAAACAAUACCUGUCCCAAUGACCGGGCACAGUUACGUGACACUGACCUCAUACAACAGUCACGAGCUUUUGUCAACCUAUUGGACAAUUUGCGACUUAAUUGUGAUUUUAAUGGUAAGGGUUGCGACACAACUGUCCGGUUGAGUGAUUUGGGACAACAUGUGAAGUACUGUCCGUACAAUCCGUGCAAUAAGUGUCCCGAUUGUGAACAACCCGUCGAUAAACAUCACAAUUGUGUCCACAAUUUGAGACAACAAGUACUCAAUUUGACGGUUGAGGUGAACCGGUUAAGGGCCAGUAAGUCGGCCAUACAUGUGACACCUGUUAUGGCACCGUCUGGUAACUCGGCGUUGCGAAUAAACUCGUGUGAAUUGCCAGUCGAUAUCCAGGAGGUGGUCAUAAAAAUAGCCAAACGACUGGAACAGGAGUGUACAUCGCAACGGGAGUUGGCCGUACAGUUGAAACAGGAACUGGAUAAAAAUUAUGGCACCGACUGGACCUGUAUGAUCCGGGAACCUGGCCGGGCAGCCAUUGCCUUUUAUUGUGAACGCAACUCGUUUAUUAAUUUUGACCUAGGUCCUAAUAAUUGGAUUGUGUUUAAAAAUAAGGAAUGGAAAUAAGUGGGC